AUGGCUUCACAGACGAUGGCAAAGUUUGCACAUGUUCUGCAAGAUGCGAAGCAUAUAACUGAACGCAUACAAGAUGCACCAAAAAUAUCUAUUGAAAACUUCAUCGGAUAUAUCUCUGUACCAGUUGGACUGGCCGGCCCUCUGUCGAUCAAAAGCCCCGAUGGAACCAGUACGCCAAUCUAUGCUCCAAUUGCUACCACCGAGGCUGCCAUCAUUGCAAGCUGCAGCAGAGGCUGUAAGGUUCUAAAUGAAUCUGGUGGAGGGCAGUUUCACGUUUUGAGUGAAGCAAUGUCUCGAAGUCCAGUGUUUAGAUUUGACUGUACCCAGCAAGCGAUCGAUUUUGCCCGUCGCGUGCCAGAUCUCUGGGAUCCUAUCGUCAAGGCUGCAGAGUCCACAAGCCGCCAUGCUUGUCUUGUGAAAUUGACACCAAACAUUGUGGGCUCAAACGUACAUGUGCGGUUUGACUACACAUGUGGAGACGCGACAGGGCAGAAUAUGGUCACGAUUGCUACUCAGCGUGCGUGCGAUUGGCUUCUUGCUUCAACUCAGGAUCUGGAGUUGAAUAUCAAGAGCAUCCUGAUUGAAGGGAACAUGGCACCGGACAAAAAGCCAUCUUGGGGAACUGUCAGCUCACCUAGAGGCGUUGAGGUUGUCGCAUGGACCUCCAUUUCUGAUACGAUAUGCCGUGCCGUUCUCAAGUGCACGGCGGAGAGCAUAUACCAUGUGUUCCGCACAACACAAGAGGGAGGGAUCCGGAACGGUCAGUUCGGCUCCAAUAUAAACGUGGCCAACAUCAUAACAGGAAUCUUUAUCGCGACUGGUCAGGAUGUCGCAGCGGUUGCUGAAGGGCCCUGGGGCCAUUUGACCCCGGAGUAUGACCAUGAGUCUCGCCAGCUGAAAUUGACUCUUUAUUUCCCAUCUCUACCGGUUGGCACUGUUGGAGGUGGAACCGCUUAUGAAACGCAGCGAGAAGCCCUAGGGAUUUUGGGAUGUGCUGGUCCUGGUAUGAAAUCCCGUUUGGCGGGUCUAAUUGCUGUCUUUUCUCUUGCCCUUGAAGUUAGUACUGCAGCCGCUGCCGCAAACAACACCUUCAGCAAAAGCCAUGAGCUGCUAGCACGUGGAAAGCAAGGAAAUGAGAAGACAAGCAAGAUUUGA